CUGAUGAAUAGCAUUAUUGAUUCAUGGAUGAGCCCCAGCUCCAUGGACAUAGCAAUGGACAUGACCAUUGGCUUUAUGUGUGGAGUUGGGCUCUUUUUCCUACUUAUCCCCUUCCUGAAGGAGUACCCAGUGUCACCAGCAUCUGAGAAUGAAUGGGACAAACCACAGGUGAGAAGAACCUUGGUUCACACACACUGGAGCAGCAGUCUGUUGUUCAUGGCUGUUGCAUUCACAUUUUCUAGGAAAAGUGGUUUAGUGACAUUAAAAAAAAAACAGUAA